AUGGCGCACAUCCCAACCAAGUGGGCUGAACGUAAGGACAAGCUCUAUGUCACUCUGCAAGUGAGCGGUGCCACGGACGUUAACGUGAAAUUCACGGAAAACACGAUCAGCAUUACUGGGAAGGGCAUUACGCCUAAGGCUCCCGAGCCACACGACUUAAGUGACCAGAUCACCCUCCUCAAGGAGAUUGUUCCCGAAAAGUCUACGUUCAAGGUUUUGGGCGUUGCUAUCCAGGUGUGUGCGACCAAGAAGGAGGAGGGGUACUGGAACAAACUUGUGAACCAGUCAGGCAGCAGCACCGCGAAUUGGCUUUCCGUGGACUGGAACCUUUGGAAGGACGAGGACGAGGAAGACGAUGCUCCUCCAGGCUUCGGCGAUUAUGGUGAUCUUUCAAACAUGAUGAACAUGGGAGGAAUGGGCGGAAUGGGAGGAAUGGAAGGAAUGGAAGACUCGGACGACGAAGAGGGUGAUGCUGCGGCUCAGGCCCCUGCAGCCGAUCUGAAGGAUCUUGACAGCAAGUAA